CAUAAAUUCAGCUUUUACCUUCGAAGAGGCAUAGGUCUAAUACAUCAAAGAAUACUCAACGCUGGAUUCAAACAAUAGAAGAACAUCAUACCUUUGCUUUUAAUGGCGCGUGUUUCUACAGCCAGUGUUGUUUUAUUGUUGCCGUUCAUGCUAACGUUUGUGCGUUUCAUGGCAGAAGGCAGUGGGGUGAUGCUAAGAAGACUGGAAAAAAAAUGGGUCAUUCCUUCCAAAACAUUGAUGGAGAAUAUCGAUUACAGAAACGAUGAGUACAUCGCAAAGAUUCGUUCUGAUAUGAACAUGGAUGGAAAAGGAGAAUUGAUUUACAACCUGACCGGGGACGGUGCAGACAAAGACCCUGUGAACCUAUUCACCAUCAACCCUAAGAACGGCAAUGUCAGGAUCCACGGCAUUUUGGACAGGGAGAAGCAGGCUUUCUAUCAUUUACAAGGAGUAGCAAAAUUCCGCGACGGAAACUAUGCGGAAGAUAACAUUGACUUGGAUAUUAUUGUUGAGGACCAGAAUGACUGUCCACCAGUAUUUACAGUCAGCCAUGCUGGAUAUGCGCAUGAGUCCUCCGCUAAAGGAAUCUUUGUCAUCAAAGUGAAUGCCACAGAUGACGAUGCACCCAACACUGCUUUCUCUCAGAUUAGGUACAGCAUAAAGGGGACUAGUAAUUCAGGUGGCAUGUUCUCCAUCAAUGCCCAGACUGGAGAGAUCCUGGUUCAAAAGACCACUCUGGAUAGAGAGACCAAAGACACAUACAGCCUGACUAUAAUAGGAUCAGACAACAAUGGAAUGUCGGGUGGAAACACAGGAACAGGACAAGUUGUAAUUAAAAUCCUGGACAUCAAUGACAACAUCCCCACCCUGGAGAAAGAACAUUAUGAGGGGAGUGUGGAGGAGAAUACGGUCAAUGUGGAGGUGUUGAGGAUCCAAGCCAUUGAUCUAGAUCAGCAGUUCACUGACAACUGGCUGGCUGUGUUCACCAUUGUGAGUGGCAAUGAGGCUGGCUACUUCAUUAUCACUACUGACCCCAAGACCAACGAGGGCAUUAUAAGGAUCCAAAAGCCACUGGACUACGAGGAGCUGAAAGAGGUCAACCUUGCUAUAAGGGUUUCCAACAAAGCAAAGUACUACUUUGGGUCCUCUACGAGUGGACACAGUGGAGGAAAUGCAGCAAAAAACACGUACAACAUCAAGAUCAAAGUAAUCAACCAGAAUGAGGGCCCCACAUUCCAGCCCAAGGUCAAAGUGGUGACCAUCUCUGAGGACUCCACCACGGUCACUAUUAACAAGGUCAUCACCACCUACACAGCCAUCGAAAGUGACACAACAUUGAUUGCUACCAAUGUAAAGUAUGCCAAAUUAAAAGAUGUAGACAACUGGGUGAGCAUCAACGAAAAGACUGCAGAGAUCACACUAAACAAACUGCCUGAUCGGGAGUCCAUAUACCUGGUCAAUGGAACAUACUACGCUGUGAUUAUAGCAAUCACAAAUGAUCUGAUCUCUAAAACAGCUACAGGGACAAUUGCUAUCCAGGUGGAGGACUUCAACGACCACUGUCCCACACUGACAGCUACCACUACAACCAUGUGUCUGGGGGGAAACGCUGUGUAUGCUACAGCUGUGGAUAGAGACAGCUUCCCAAACGGAGCUCCCUUCAAGUUUCAAGUGAUUCAGAAGAACAGUAACCAGAAGUGGACAGUGGAGAACCUCAAUGCCACUACGACCAUUUUACGAGAUCAUGCCCAACUUUGGCCGGGUUACUACAAGGUGGACAUGGAGAUAACUGACCAGCAGGGGAAGGCCUGUGCUGAGGUCCAGACUCUGAAUGUAGCUGUGUGUACCUGCCAUGAGGUUAAUGAGGUGUGCCUUGCCCGACAGUCCAACACCAAUGUCACAUUAGGAGCACCUGCCAUUCUGCUGCUUCUCCUGGGCCUCCUGUUGUUGCUGCUGGUGCCACUCCUGUUGCUGUUCUGUCUCUGUGGAGGGGCGGCGGCCAUGGGAGACUUUAAGGCGAUUCCAUUUGACAGUAAAGGAGCCCUGAUCAAAUAUCACACUGAGGGACAAGGAGAAGACAAGGAUGUGCCGCUCAUGCUAAUUCUUUCCGGUAGUAACCAUCUGGACAUUAAAAGCUCCUCUAAAUAUAAAACAGGAGCAGAAGCAGGAUCAGGAGCUGGAAUGGGAUUAGGAAUGGGAUCAGGAGCUGGAAUGGGAUUAGGAAUGGGAUCAGGAGCAGGUCAAGCUUGGUCCUGGAAGAAGCUCAGCUCGUACCAUGAAAACCAGGUGUACAAUGCCAUGGGCAGAAGAACCACCACGAUGGAUUAUUAUAGAAAUGCCUUCUCCAGUGAAGGUUGCAAUGAUGGCAUGGCUCUCUCUGAGGGAUUCCUAGAAAAAUACUACUCUGCAAAUGCCAAAAGCACUGCGCAGAACGACCACCAGAAAGAUUCUCAGCUGAUCUAUGAUUAUGAAGGUCAUGGGUCACCAGUAGGAUCAGUAGGCUGCUGUAGCCUCCUAGGGGGCGAUGAUGACCUGGAAUUCCUCAAUAACCUGGGGCCCAAGUUUAAGACCCUGGCAAAAAUCUGCCAGGGGUCCAUGGCUACAGAAGUUGAGACUGUCCACAACUCUGUCCACUCAUCUAGCUCGAGGCCUACCACCUCAACUCACAAAGACUUCAGCAGAGAUGUCUCUCUCACUGGUAACACCCUUAUCACCUCCGCUUCCGCCUCAAACUCCUCCACCCAAAUCCAGGAGAGUCUGGUUCGUCCUGUGGGCUCGGCCACCAUUUCCAAGGUUCACGUCCAGGAUAAUGUGGGGAUCCCUGGCCAGACCCUUCUCAUCCAACAGCCCAACAUGUACUAUACUGCUGCCCCCAUGUAUGUAGUGGAGAACCAGCCCAGGUUGGUGCUUGUGGAUCAGAGAGGGGGAGGGGGUUAUGUCAAUGCCCAGGCGGCUUUAGGCCAGAUGGGGUUAGGUAUGGGUCAGGGGAUGGUGCAUGCUGGAGAUCUUAGUGGUUCUCAGGGUAUGUUGUUAGUGGAGAGGCAGGUAGGAGUGGGUGGUCGUGGGGGAAGCCAUGGUCACAUUGGUAUGGGAGGAGGCCAGAUCCCUCAGGGAGGGGGCCAAACCAUUACCAGGGAAAGUAAUGUAGAAAUUAGACAAACCACUAUGCAGGAAAGCCAUGUUCUUCAGGGAGCUCGUGUUGAAGCAGGUGGAGGUUUCUUGUGAAGUUGAGAACUCUUCUGCUACUGUCAAAAUCACAACAACCCCCACCCCUGCACCACGCCACUCCUCUGUGGUGCAAGAGAAAAACAUCUAUGUCACAAAGAAAUACACUGAGACCAGCAGUGUGGCGUAGAAAAACUCCCUCAGCAUGAUUACAUACUGUAUAGUCAAGUCACGGGGUUUAAACAUGUUUUCUUUUUUAGUCAAGUAGAAAACAGUUAAGGGAGUGGAAAGGUAGUCAGACAGGUUGGUGCUCUCUGCUGGUCUGAACUGAAAUGUAUCAUGCAAAAAAGUGCAAUACUAUGCAAUGCUAUUCAACCAGGUUUUUCCUAUCACUGUAUACUGUUUGCUAUACUGUUUUAUAUCGAUGUAUAUUUUUUUUACCAGGGUCUAUGUUGUAAUUACCAGCUGCUGUUUAAACCUGACUUUAAACAUUUAGAAAUCAGUGACUUAAUGAUUGAGUGGGAGAUACUUUAUUACAGAUGGAGUUUAAUUAAUUUAGCUAAUACAAUUUAAUGAAAUCUUUUAACACAUUAGUGUUGGAGAAGUGUUAUGUUUUUAUAUGGUGUGUGGCUUAUUAUUCAGACGAGAAAAACAGUAUUUGGUUUUUGUGGUUUUCUGGGAUGAUACAUUCCUCAUCUAAUAGUUCUGGUGGCCAAGGUUUACAGCGUUAUAGUUGUACAAACGGUACAUUAAAAAUGGUUGUAUCAGA